ACCAACUGAAAUCUAAUUCAAAAUUUGGAAUAUUCGAAAUUGGUGGCUGUCCGAAACGUUCUAGAAUCCCUUUUUACCGAAAUCUAACGUCCGAAUCGGGACCUCGUCGUCUUCGCCUUUUUCAAAUCGUUCUAAUUUUCUCUCAGGAUCUCCUUUUUCUGUAAUAAUUUGGGUGCCUUCGACAUUCGCUGAGUAUGAAGUUCUUGGAAUACACCCCGUUGGAGCGUUUAAAUGAUUUCUUUAGUGAUUUGAAUCUCGGAGAGCGAACAAUUAAGGGUUGUCUUGAAGCUUACUCUUGCAAACACACCGGAUCGGAUAAGAAAUUGUCUCUCAGUUUGGAGAAUGAGAUUCUUGAUUAUCUUGGGAAAUCUUCGGACUCUGAUUCUUCCUCGCCUGCUGAAUUUCUGCUGACUAGAUCCAGCCGGAAGACAUUGAUUUACCUUGUUUUGACACUCUAUCACUUGUAUCCGGACUAUGACUUCAGUGCAGUAAAUGCUCAUCAGUUCUUCACAGAGGAAAGCUGGGACAGUUUUAAGCAGAUUUUUGAUACCUCUAUGUUUGAAGCAUCAAAGGAAUGGACAGUGACAAAUGAGGGCAGUUCCUUGCUGGAAGCCUUGUACAAGGCUUUGGAUGAGGUUGUUAGACUAGCGGAAUGUGAAGUUUACAGUUACAGUCCAGACUCGGAUGCUGAUCCGUUUCUUGAGAGAGGAUCCAUAUGGUCGUUCAAUUUCUUUUUCUACAAUAGGAAACUUAAGCGUGUUGUGAGCUUCCGUGUCUGCUGUUUAAGUAACCUGGUGGCUGAUGGAUUUCUGAUGGACGAGUUGCGCUACGAUGAAGAUGGAGAAGUUUUCGACAACAUGGACAUUUGAGCGCAAUAUGCUGUAUUGCUGUUGUUCUGUGCAGUUAGUAUGUCAAAGAUACUUGGCAACCAUCUGAAGUUGUGUAGCUUUAAGACUGACGGUCCACCCAUAUUCCGGGAGGCCCAAGUAGUUGGUUUAGCAAUUCGUCACCAAAUUUGGGUGUUGUUUGUUAUGUACGGAAGAGCGAUGCAUGUGUAUAUUUUGUCAAAUACAAUAAACUGAGGCUUGUGAAACUCUUAAAUUUCUGUAUUUUUAGGUUACUCGCGGACACAGGACUCCGAUUUUUUACGACAAUAAAUCCAAGAGUUGAACACUCUAGAUCCCCACAGUGGGGCAAGGUCCUUGUACUAA